AAUAGAUUAGUCAGCAGUAUGAUAAGGACAAAAAAUUUCUAUUUUCCGCCUCUCAGUGACCAUAGAUGAAGUGCUUAUUCCACGAAAAACAUUUGCAUAAUUUUUAACGAGAACAAAUUUUUACUCUUUAGUGGUAAAAGAAGAAAUUAAUUUUCGUAAAGUCAAUAAUAAUUUUUUUUGUGUAAUAUUUUUAGUUCUGUUAUCUAUUGAAAAAGUUGGCUGCAUGUUGACAUUUUAGAUGUGGGUAGACAAUAGACAUCACGUGUUAGAGAAAACGAAACUAAAACAUAUGGUUAUUUUUUUUCUUUUUCCCAAUCUAGCGCGGUAGGACCAAAAUUUUAAAACUGUAAGUUGUAACUAGCAUCUGCAUGGAAGAUUAAGAAAAAGAAAAAAUCUAUUUUUUUUUUCAUGUUAAUUACAUGGAAGAAAGAUACCAAGCAUGAUGUUAUCAGAAUUUUAUUCACAUAUUAUUGAAGAAGAAAAGAAAAAAUUUGCAAUUACAAAUGAAAGACUGAAGUUUGCUGCAAGAAUUGUUAGUUCAAUUUAUAGUAAAAAGUCACUUAAGAAAGGUUCAACAUACUUGAAUUACAACAGUCCAGAAUGCCGUUGUGCUUAUCUUUAUAAAUAUGCCAGUUUACAUACUGGCAUGGUUACCAAAUAUUUUCGAAAGUUUGUAAAUAAAAAAGAACUAAGAAAUCAUUUUCAAAGAGGUAUCAAAAUUUGUAGUUUAGGUGGUGGACCAGGUACUGAUAUUAUAGGUAUAUGUAAGGCUUUAGCAGUAAGACCAUAUUUUCAUCAAAGAAUAAAGCAGGUUUCAGUGCUAGAUAUUUGUGGUGGAUGGAACAACACUUUUGAAAAUAUUAUUUCAGGUUUAUUAACAGGCAAAGUGAAGGAUGUACCUGAAACGUUCAUCAGUAGUAAAAAAUUCAAAUAUGAUCUCAUUGAAAUUGAUCUCAUACAGUCUUUACCUGAAAAUGUUAUAGAAAUAAUUUCAAAAGCAGAUAUUGUAUCUAUGGUAAAAUUUAUAUCAGUAGUGCUGGCUAAGGAAGGAUGUUUGGAUGCAUUAAAGAUACUAGGAAAUUUGUUGAAACCUGGAGCUGUCGUGUUUUUUAUUGAUAAUUACCAAGGAAAUGUAUUUGAAUCUAUAAAAGAUAUUUUAAACCAAACUGGUCUUGAAAUAGUUUUAGGCCCUUUACAUGAGGUGUUUGUAAAGCCAUCAAAACAACAUAAUGAGGAAACAUAUGGUUGUUUGGCACAAACAGCAGCCAGAAUUUCUAUUGUGGGCUUCAUUAAAAAUAUGAAAAUUAUACCUCAAAUUUUCUACUCUCCAUGUACCGGGAAUAAAAAAGAAGAUUUUAUUAGCACUUCAGUUAGUUUGGAUGAGAAUAAUUAUAAUGAUGGAAACGCUGAGUCAAGUCUGAAUAAUUGUCAUAAAUGUGUACAAACUGAGUUUGAAGAUCACAUACAAGAAGAAUCUUUGCACUGUGAUGUGGAAGAAUUGUCAGCAUUAAUGGAAGCUCUUGCUAAUUUGUUAGAAGUUGUUAAAAAUGUGAAAAUGAAUAAUAGGCAAUCUAAACGUUUAUGCCAUCACCAUCACUCAAGGCAUUGCUUUUAAUGAAAAAUGUUUCAAAACACUGUAAUGUAAUCUUUUAUACUUUUCACUAAUUAAAAUAAACAAAAAAUGUA